ACACACAGAAAAUGUAUUCAUAACAGAGAGAAAGAUGUAGGAAUACAUAUAGUACACCUAGUUUAAGCACACUGAUGACAUUGUUAAAAUUUUGCCAUGACUAAGCAGAGAUUUCUGAAAAUAAUCCCUGAAUUUUCCCCCGUUUUGCUGCACAGAAGUUACAUUUGGAUGUUCAGAUGGGAGAGCACUCAAUUGACCCCAACGUUGACAGGACCAAACACAACAUGGAGAAUCUGGAGAUCACCCUCAGACAUCUCAUUGAUCAAAUAACGUACAUCACAAAGCAACAGGAGUACCAGAGGGAGAAGGAAGAGACGUUUCGUCAGAUCAGUGAGGACACCAAUAGUAAAGUCUUGUGGUGGGCCGUGGUGCAGACCUCCAUUCUGCUAUCAGUUGGUUUCUGGCAGAUGAAACGACUCAAAGACUUCUUCAUCGCCAAGAAGCUGGUCUGAUGACAACCACUGACCUGUCCAUGCUGUACCUGUUCACUUCGUCGCAUGUACUGCCCAUUCUUGUGCCAGUGCAUACUACUAUGUUGUAGCUUGCAACAAUGACACCUUAUGGCUAGAAAUAUCUGAACUACAAACUCCCAUUACGAAACAACCAAUGACAUAGAUAUAGGGAGGAAAAGUGUGAAAACUACUGUAUGUAAGAAUAAAAUUAAAAAAAAAAAAAAAAAGAAGUAAUGUAAGCAUGUAAGAGAUAUGGGCAACAUCAGUCAACAAUGCUUUGAAAAUAUCGGUUGUGUAUCUUAAACAUGAUAAUAAUUCAAUUUAAUUACAAAUGGACAAUGUGACCAAAUGCUACUGUAUUUACAUAGUGUAUUUCAUUCUCUGUGCAUAACUGUGUCGCUAAUUAAUUAAUUAAUGGUCAGUAAACCAGGCUUGAGUUCGCUGCAACCUCGUUUAGUUUGGGCUAAUAUGAACACCACAAGGUUAUACAUUUCUGUUAAAGUAUGUUAAUAACUACAGUUUUGUUCACUUCGUCGCUCUGUAAUGAGCAAUUUUGCAAAAAGUUCACAGGACUUUACAGGACAAAUACAAGUGUAAGCAAACGCUUUACAAUAAAGGUUUGAAUGAAAACUAGCCUAUUUUGGGUUUAUUUCUGAUUAAUUUCUGAGUAUGAACAUUCAAGCAACUUACUUCACGUUCAAAUUAUUUAACUUGUGAAUAAAUAUGU